CAGUUUAGUCCAGCUCACUAUUAAUGGGUGCGUAGCAUUACCAUGGGUAUGGCAGCACACAUUCAAACCUUCAUGUGACCAGAGACACGGCUCUAUUUAUAACAGAGCGAGACAGAGGCCCCACAUUCCCACAUACAAGGGCAGUGCGAAUGUUGUGGACAGUGGCAUGCCAACCUUGGGCAAUGUUCAAGUAUUUGGAAAAUAUUACUUACAUCUAAAGAUGCUGAUUCAUGCUGCGUAAACCCCCGUGUAAUGGAUGACUUAGAGCACAGUGUUGUGAUAGCAGAGCGAGACUGGGAGAGUUUCUAUGAGGAGAGUGAGGAAUGCUCUAUUCAACCCGCAUGGCUUGCAAGCCUGGAUGAUUCAAGCCUCAGUGACACUGAUGAUGAUGAGAAAAAGUCCACCCAAGGGCCUGAUUUAGAUCUCCAGAUCCUGCCGGACAAACCAGAUAAAGAGCUUGAUGCUGCAACAUUGAGAAAAAGUGAAGUGGAUGACUGUAAAUCUGAGAAGCCCGAAUGCUCAAGUUACAAGACAGACAACAAUAGAUUUUCUGAUGAAACUGCAGAGAUUAGUAUGAAUGAUGUCUCAACCACACAUGCAUGCUCGAUCUCAGAUAGCAGUGUAGGUGUUAAUGACACCGAUUUCACCGAUCAGCAACGUGCUGCCUCAGGUGUGAAGGAUUUAAGAGAGCAUAAUGAAAAUCACAGUGAGGAUAAGUCAUGUCAAGCCAUUGGAGAGCCAAACACUUCCUUCUCAUGUAUUCAGGAUUCUGGGCAUGUUGGCAGCUCAGAAGCAGAAACAGUUGUACAGGAUUCAGAAAGUUUAGCAACUCCAAAAAAAGAGAAAGAACGGUGGUUUGUCACAGUAAAUGACAGUCCGGUCAUGCUAAGAGUAAAAUCUGGACAAAAAAAGGGCAGAAAAAAAAAAACCUCUAGGAAGCUAGCCCGACAUAGCAUAGUAACAGAAAGACAGAGCUCUGUCUCAAAUAAUAGUAAUAAUAAAGAAGAAAAAGAAGUAAUGGAAGAUGGACAAAUAUUGCAGAAUGAAUGUAUGCAACCUUCUCUAACAUAUUCUGAACAUAUUUACUUCAAUCCAUGUCCUAAUCAAUUUUGUGAAGAGGUUAUUUUAGGUUCAUGUAAUACUCAAGAGGUCGCUUUAUCUCCCAUCAAAGAACCCGAAAAUGAGACUUUUGAAAAGCUGUCUAUCCCAGAAAUAAACUGCGCUCCAGAAGCAUCAUCAUUUAUUGCUGAAGAGGAAAACACAAGUUGUGCUUUUAGUUUGAAAUGCAAAGACGAUUCAGAUGUUCCUAUAAAAACCAUAGAAAACAAUCCUCCUUCUUCUGUGAAUUCUCCUACCCCAUUAAUUCUCACAGACAAAGUAAAUGAGCAAAGCAUAGCCACCAACCCUAAAAGUAACUCACAGGUCACCAUUCCAGAUCAUCCAGUGAGCACCAGUUUAAGCCAUAAAACUCAUGAAGAUACUCAAUCUGAUGAUUCUAGAUCAAUUCUGGAGGCAACAACUACUCCUUUAGAAAAGCUCCAAGAGCAAGACUAUCCAACACAAAGGCUGGAAGAAUCGAAACUGUCCUCCCAGGAGAUACAAAAGGAAAGUCUUGAGGCAGUUGUAGGUCCAAAUUGCCCAGUAUUUGCUCUUUCACCAUUUUGGGAUGAAAUGGAGAAGUUGACAAUAAAUGACAUUUUACAUCUCAGAUCAGUCCAUAACAGAUCUCCUAUGAGCAGAAGUAUAAUUUCUGAUGAGAGUGAUGUCCAUCUUGAAGACAAAGAACUGCUGACUUCUAAACAUGAUGGUGUACAAGAAAGCGGUUUGAUGGAUGACUCUGCAGACUCCGACUAUUUCACGCAUGUAGAUGAGUCUAAACCAGACCGUUCCAGUUGUGAACUCUCUACUUUCUCAGAUUGCGAUGAAGAGUUUCUUCAAAUACUUAACAGAAGUGGAAACCCCAGUCCUGAGCCUCAACAUGUCAAAGAACAGACUGAAAAUUUGACGUCUAGAUACAUCCCAGGCUAUGAAUUUGAUCCAAGUACUGAAACUGAAUCUCUAGACUUUAUAAAUCUGAGUCAUCAGGAUGGAAUCCCACAUUAUUCAUAUCCAGCUAUAGAGCUACAAAGCUUAUUUCUUACAUCUAGUCAGGACACUAAUGACAAUCCUUAUGAGCUGGAAGACAUCAGGAAAACACCUGUUUUAUCAUUCGACAAUACAGCAGAUAAUCAAUCCAUGUUAACCUUUUCUGAGAUUUUGGCUAAGGACAUUAAUGGAGCUGGAUCCUCAGACACACUCAGCAGCACUGUUGCCUCGUUUCCAUUUGCACAAAACUUGUCUGUAUGUGAGAUGUAUGAUGAUUUCUUUGCAGACUUUGAAAUUGGGAAUUUUCUCUUUCCUCCAACCCAAGAUAAGACUGUUCCCAUCUUCUCUGCCUCACGCUCAGGGGUGAGAGAUUUGGUAUUCCCUCAGGUGGUGGAACUGGAUUUUGGCCCAGAUUUUGAACAAGAUAAUAUGCCAAUAAGAGACCUGGCUCCCUUUAGUAGCCAGUCUGAAAUGUCUACUUGUCCCUCAGGAAUGCCAAACCUGUGUUUUUCCAUGAGUCAAAGAGGAAACUGGAGUAGUCUUUUCUCUCUGAGAAGAAUAAGAUUCAUAGGAAAGGGGAGCACUUGGCACCACAAAGUCAGCUCUUGGAUUUUCCCAAAAGAAGCAAAAGAGACAUCGUAUGUAUCAAGAGCUCAACUGAUGCAAGUGGGGAACAACUCCCUCCUGGCAGAGCCACAGCAAUGUGCCGUAUUUAUUUCAAAAAAAGACGACUUUAUCUUUUCUUUAAAGCAGGCAGAUAUGUGCCUGGUUUGUAUUGCCUUUGCUUCCUGGGUAUUGAAAUCCUCUAAUUCACAGUCAACAGACAUGUGGAAAACAGCUCUCCUGGCAAACAUAAGUGCGAUCUCAGCCAUCCAGUACUUGCGGAAAUAUGGAAAAGGACACAGCUGAGGAUCAUCCAUGAUGUCUUUCCAAAAAUUCUCAGAAGGGGCCAGUAAAAUAACAAUGGUUCAUUUUGCACAAAUUUAAACCAUGCACAAUGUAAAUACGUUUUUGAAAUGAUUGCAAACAAGACCAUCAAGUUUAUCAUUAAAAUUACAUUUAUUCAGACAGAGAAAUUAGGUUGAUAUGGACCAGAAGAUCACUAGCAGGUCUGUAUCAGAAAUAUUUUGAAGUUAAGCUCUACUGAGCAUAAACACAUUGUUUAUAUACUUGAGGUAUAGCUUUUUGCUUAGUUCACGAAGAAGAAGAAGAAGAAGAAGAAGA